AUGACUUCAAAUGAGCAAGAUGCAGAAGCUAACGGCGAUAGUCAAUUGCCUGAGAACUCGUCUGAGAGCGCAGAAGAAAGUGAACGCUUGAACCUCUCUGAGUAUAUAUCUCAACUGGAAUGCAGAAUUAAAAAUAAAUCGGAUCUGAGAACCUUAAACCUGAAUUGUACACGACCACCAGAUAAUUAUUUUUCAAAAUUAGACUCGGGAUUAAAGAAAAACACAACAUUUGUUAAAAAACUUAAAUCUUUCAGUAGCUCCCAAUUAGAUACUUUAACAAAAGACUUAAAUACCCUUAACCUUACAAAAUACAUAUCAGAAGUAGCGGCAGCUCUAGCUGAGGCAAAACUUAAAAUGUCUGACAUAUCAGCUGCAAUCAAUUUGUGUUCUGCACUCCAUCGUACAUACACUGAAUUUUCGUCUUUCUUUUUUGAAAACUGGCAAAAAAUUCUUACUUUUAAAGCUACAGACAAAAUAGCGAAUUCAUCGAAGUUACGAGUUGACUUAAGAUUCUAUGCUGAGUUAGUAUCCGUUGGAAUAUUUACAAAUAAGACUGGACUGCCACUACUGGGAAAUGUCCUCACAGUACUUAUUAAUAUGGACAAAGAGGAUCAUAAUAAUAUACCUAUACUACUUUCAUUUUGUAAACAUUGUGGUGAAGACUAUGCUGGUUUGGUUCCUAAGAAAAUCAAGGAUACUGCUGAGAAAUACAACAUAACAAUUCCUAGAAAUGCAUUUCUCCCUGCUGAGAAGCAAGCAGCAGUCCGCUCACUGCUUAAGGACUAUUUUGCCUCACUUGUUAAGCAUUUACUAACGGAAAGAGCACAGUUGCAAGCUCUUCAUACAGCUAACCAGAGGACUUUGCAUACCCGAGGUGAACUCUCUCAAGAAAGAAAAGAUCAGUUGGAACAACAUCAGGCCACAUAUGACAAACUGUUAGCGGGGGCACAGAAUUUUGCAGAAGUCCUUGGUGAAGAGCUUGGAGAAGCUGGUGAGCCUCCCACACUUACCCUCAAUGUAACGGAAACUCAGGGAACAGUAACUAUUGGGGGUAAUGAGGAAUACAUAAUGCAGGCUGCUUCAGAUCCUUGGCAAGAUGAAGAUACUCGAACAUUUUAUACAAGUCUGCCAGAUUUAAAAGUUUUUAUGCCAAAUUAUCAAUUGAAAGAAGCAGUCAAAAAUAAAGCAGAAACAGUAACUGAAGAAAUGCUAGAUGAAGAUAUUAAAGAAGAUGAUUUGAGUGAUAGUGAGGAGAUACCAUCAGUACCUGAUGUAGAACAAGAGGAGGCACAGCCAUCAAAUGUGUCUAACAGAUAUGCUUUGGAUGCAUUUUUGAAUGAACUGCCAAAUUGCAUUAAUCGAGAAUUAAUUGACAAUGCUGCUGUAGAUUUUGUUCUUAAUCACAAUACUAAGAACAAUAGGAAAAAGUUAACUAGAGUACUGUUCAGUGUUGCCAGGACACGGCUAGAUUUGUUGCCAUUCUAUUCACGGUUUGCAGCCAUUUUGUAUCCUGUCUUGCCAGAUGUCUGUGUUGAUUUAUGUCAGAUGCUCAAGCAAGAUUUUAAAUACCACGUCAGAAAAAAGGAUCAGAUAAAUAUUGAAUCAAAGAUAAAAGUUGUGCGAUUCAUAGGGGAGUUGGUAAAAUUCAACCUUUACUCAAAAAUGGAAGCUUUGUAUUGUUUAAAAGUAUUGCUGCAUGACUUUAAACAUCAUCAUAUAGAAAUGGCCUGCAAUUUACUUGAAACCUGUGGAAGAUUUCUAUAUUGUAACUCUGAUACCCAUCAAAGAACUAUGAUAUAUUUACAACAAAUGAUGCGAAAAAAGACUGUCUCAGCGUUGGAUUCUCGAUAUGUAACCCAGAUUGAAAAUGCAUUUUACUAUGUUUGUCCACCAGAGGCGCCCGCGCAACCUAAAGAAGAAGAACCCCCGAUGCAUCAAUUUAUAAGAAAAAUUCUCCAUGAGGAUUUGCAAAAGAGCAAUGAAGAGAAGAUUUUGAGGCUUAUGAGAAAACUAAAUUGGGAAGAUGCCGAAGUUUCCACAGUAGCCAUUCUUCAUUUAGCCGGUGGCUGGAGAGUUCGCGCUAGCGCAAGACGUGCGUUAGCCAGACUUACAGCGGAGUUGUCGGCGUGGCAAGAAGCCGUAGCUCCAGCUGUCGUCGAUACUAUUAUGGAGGAAGUUCGACUCACAAUGGAAGACCCUCAUCCAAGAUAUAACCAAAGAAGGAUAGCCACUGUUCGAUAUUUAGGAGAACUCUACAAUUACAAAUUGUUAGAUUCUCGCGAUGUUUUUACAGUGUUGUACUCGUUUAUAACAUUUGGAGUGUCUAAUGACCAUAGCAAUGUAUCUCCAUUGGAUCCACCUGAAAAUGUGUUUCGAAUAAGAUUAGUGUGUGCAUUGCUAGAAACUUGCGGUGCAUACUUCAAUAGUGGAUCUAGUAAAAAACGUCUCGAUUAUUUCAUAGUGUUCUUUCAAAAUUACUAUUGGUUCAAAUAUUCUGACCCAUACUGGACUGAAGAGAAUAAGUUUCCAAUAUACGUAAAAUACAUUUAUCAAGAGUGUCUUACGAGUUUAAGACCGAAACUGACUUUAUUUUCGAGUUGGCAGCAGUGCAAGGACGCGAUCGAGGAGCUUAGACAAACUUUGUAUCCUGAAUUAGGAGAGGAGGAAUAUGAAAAUGAAGAUCAAGGAGAAGAUAGUAUGGUGGAUGGUUUGGACACAAUAGUUGAAACCGACGAUGAAACAGAUAAUAAUCCACCGAUUCACGAGGAAAGUUCUGAUGACGAUCCCCUCACAGAAAAUGCAGGGAAUGAAGAAAGUGAAAUGCAAAACGUGGAUAUGAGUAUAGAAUCCAAACGUCCUGCACCUGUGGAAGAUGUAGAAUUUGAAUCGGCCUUUGAAAAGAUGGUGAUGGAAAAUAUAGCAGAACGACAACGUGAGAACCGGCCACAGCAGCGUGAUAUCGCAGUCCCCAUGACAUGCCGACAAACAACUAAGAAAACGUACGAGCAGUUGCUGCAAGGAAAAGAAGGAGUUGAAUUUGUGUUAAUGGUUCGAAAAGGUACAAAGCCUCAAUACAAGUCCUUUAACGCACCACCCGAACUUGCUAGCAAUCUGCAGCAACAGGCAUUAGCCGAUAAACAGGAAAUGGAGAGAGUUAAGCGAUUGACAUUAAAUAUAUCAGAGCGACAAGAGGAAGAAGAAUACAGCGCGGAAAGUGGCGGAGGCUCAGAGAGGACCGGCAAUCCAAACAGAGGGCAGCAUAUGCGACAGAAAUACCAGCACCCCAAGGGGGCCCCUGACGCUGAUCUUAUAUUUGGACCUAAGAAAUUUAAAUAA